GACGCGAACCAAUCCCUUCUCUCUCUCUCUAUAUCGGUUGCAGUCCUAAGAUCCCAACCCUAGAACACCCUGCCCUCGAUUUCUAUCCACGAAUCUCCCAUUCCUUCUCCGAUACCUUCUUCGUCUUCCUCUGUAGGAGCGCUUCAGCCCAUUGGACGAUUUCGAGACCUAACUCCAUUCACCCGCUUCUGAAACUUACCUUUGUCCUUCUUUCUCUUUGGGUCCAAAGCCUAACCCAAGAAUCUCCAACCUUCUUCUCCCUGCGCUUCUCGGGGUUCCUCUUCGGCUCAGGUGCACCUUAUCUUGUUCCCGUCCUGUCUGAAGAAGAUGCCGCCUCCUCCAAAUAAGUCGGAUUCCAAUCCCAACAACAGAAAUUUUGGUAAAAAUGCGUCCGAUGAUGCUGCGGAAAAAGAAGAGAUCUCCAUGAACAACCUAUGGGUCGGGAACUUGUCCCCGGAUACCACGGAUGCAGAUCUCAACGAGGUUUUUGGCAAAUUUGGCACGCUUGACAGCGUGUGCUCAUAUGCUUCUAGAAAUUUCGCGUUCAUUUACUUCAAGCGCCCGGAGGAUGCCAAGAAAGCCAAGGAUACGCUACAGGGCACCACGAUUCGUGGGAAUCCGAUUAAGAUUGAGUUUGCACGACCGGCUAAGCCAGGGAAGCAACUGUGGAUAGGAGGGAUAAGCUCUUCUGUUACAAAGGAGCAGCUGGAGAAUGAAUUUUUGAAGUUUGGAAAAAUUGAAGAAUUCAAAUUUCUCAGGGAUAGAAAUUCAGCUCUUGUUGGGUACAUUCGGUUGGAAGAUGCUGCUGCUGCUUUGAAAAAUUUGAAUGGAAAACGUAUUGGUGGUGAAGCCAUAAGAGUGGAUUUUCUAAGAUCUCACCCUUCAAAACGAGAUAGUUGGAGUGAUUUUCAUGACUCAAGAGAUGGCUCCUACAGUAACAGGAGAAGUGGGGGCCAUCCAGAUCCAUUAUGGAUGCCGCCAGAACAGAACUUUCCAGAUUCAUCUGGCUUCGGGCACAAGAGGUAUCAGCAAUCCCAGGCAUUUGGUGGGGGGCGUAAAGAAGGUCCCCCAAGUAAUGUUCUGUGGAUAGGAUAUCCACCAUCUGUCCAGAUUGAUGAACAUAUGUUGCACAAUGCUAUGAUUCUGUUCGGUGAAAUUGAGCGAAUUAAAUGCUUUCCAGCCAGACAUUACUCCUUUGUUGAAUUCAGAAGUGUUGAUGAAGCCAGGCGUGCGAAAGAAGGCUUGCAAGGUCGCCUUUUUAAUGAUCCCAGGAUUCAGAUAUUGUUCUCUAGCAGUGAAGGGGGUCACGGUGAUAGAGAUAAUCCACCAUUUUUUCCAGGCAUGAGGGGUCCUAGGUCAGACAUGCUUUACAAUGAUCCACCAUUUGGAGGACCCAUGGAAAUGUUUGGUCAUCCUCGCCCUCCUAUUCCAAAUAAUUUCAGUGGACCUUUAGGUCCAAAUGCUAUCCCUGGUGCAAACAUGUUGAUGCGUCCUUUUCCACCUCAGAUUGAUCCACUCCUAGCGAACCCUGAGGUUCUUCAUUUAGCAGGCCUUCUCCAGAAUCUUCCAGAGGCCAAUCUUAACAGUCCAAUGGGAACUAACUGGAGAAGGGGAUCUCCACCAUCAGCUUUAGGAAUGCGGCCACAGGUUGGUCCUCCUGGUGCUUGGGACAGGGAUUCUAGUCCUUUUCAAAGAGAAGCAAAGAGAUCUCGCAUUGGCAGCCCUUUGCCAAUUGACGAUGGAUCAUUUCGAGCAAGAGAGGCUAGCGAGCAUCACCCUGGGGGUUUUGGGCCACAAAAUGAGAGAGGUUUGUUGGGUCCUCCUGUAAAUGUUCAUAGUCAAGGUCAGAGUGGUCUUUUACCUGGUCGAGCAUCUUCUGUUGAUCAUCUUGGCCGCAAAGAUCACCAUUCUUCUGUAGAUGAUGAUUGUUGCUGGCGUGGUGUUAUUGCUAAAGGUGGGACUCCUGUUUGUAGUGCACGGUGUGUGCCUGUGGGGAAGGGUAUAGAUGCAACGCUUCCUGAAACUGUCAAUUGCUCUGCAAGAACGGGGUUGGAUAUGCUGACAAAGCACUACUCAGAAGCCAGUAGCUUUGAUAUUGUUUUCUUCUUACCAGAUAGUGAAGAAGAUUUUGCAUCCUACACGGAGUUUCUGAGAUAUCUGAGUGGAAAAAGUCGUGCUGGAGUGGCCAAGUUUGAUGAUGGCACAACAUUGUUUCUUGUUCCUCCUUCAGAGUUUUUAACACAGGUUUUGAAGGUGUCUGGUCCUGAACGUCUUUAUGGAGUAGUUUUAAAAUUCCCUCAGCAAUCUUCCAAUUUGCACGUUCAACAGCCACAACACCUUUCUCAUAUCUCAGGCUCCUCACUACCACCCCCACCCCCACCACUGCUUCCACCACAAACCCACUAUGUUGAUAAGCAGCGAAUCCCUUCUGUUCAAGCUGAUCAUGUCAGGAUACCUGGUAAAGAGGAUGUUUCACAAAUGAACUACACAAGGGGUUUGAAUGAGGAAUCUAUUGGUGUUCCUGGUGCUGCAAACCCUUCACCUGGUGAUCCUCGUACAGCACAGUCAGGUGCAGUAGAUUAUGGCAGCAACACAACUGCCUCUCAGGUUUCAUUGACACCAGAGCUUAUUGCCACAUUGACUGCUCUUCUACCUGGGACUGUGCAGUCAUCAGCUUCAGGUGCUGCGCAGUUGCCCUUGAGCUCAGCAUCAAAGCUUCCUUCUUUCUCACCAAGCAUGGCAUCUGAGAAAUCAGUGCCAUCUCAUGGAUGGCAACAUGAACAGUCCAUUCUUGGUGGUUCUGUUCCACAAUCUAGGGAAGAGCAAGCAAGCCAUCCAUCUCAGCAGUUAGGACUUCCAUAUAACAAUCAUUCAUCACUUCUCUCACAAUAUGGAAACCUUGGAAGUGUUGGAAAUGGUCCAGAACAUUCACAGAUAAUCAACAGUGCACAAGUUGUGAACCCUAACUUCAUGCACUCACAAACCAGCAUAUCAAGUGGGUCUGCUGCUGGCUUUGUAACUCCUUCACAAGGUGGACAGUAUGUGGUUCCUCCUGGUCAGCAGUAUCAAUUUGAAGCUUCAAAUGCUGUCCAGAACUAUGGCCUCGUAGGUGCUCAAGAUGGCAGUGGAGUCUACCAGUCUUCAGUUCUUCCACAGGCCACCUCUGUCUCAGCUUCUAUUCAGUCACAAAUUGGAAGUAUGGCUCAAUCGCAGGCACAAUUAGGAGCUGGUAAACUUAGCACGGAAUUAUCCGGUCAAAUUCAGCAGCUUCAGUCUAUGUCAGCAGGAACAAGUCAGGCUACUUCUGAGAGUGAGGCUGAAAAAAAUUUGCGCUACCAGUCAACGCUGCAGUUUGCUGCCAACCUUCUCUUUCAGAUUCAGCAGCAGCAACAGCAGCAGCAACCAAAUGCCCCAGUCUUCCAAGGCUCCGGAGAGCAACAAUAGUGGACAUCUUCUAUCAGGUUGUUCGGUUUUCCUUGUCUGCCUUUUGAGAAUCAUAGCUAUGGUCUAUGGGAGUUGAUAUUUAAAGUGUACUCCUCCCUCAGCUAAGGCACCUGCGGAAACCCGGCUCUGGAGUUGAGUGGUUUCGAGUGCUAGAAGACUUUUAGACGCCUCUUUAUCGUUGAAAUUGUUCGAUCUGGACAGGAUUUCAGGAUUUCUAAAUACUUGCGAUAUAGGAAGAAGAGUGAUAUUAGGAAACGGCGAGACUGAGAUUCACAAUAAUUUCUUAUCAGUCCGUUCGGAUUUUUGCUUAUUUAUCUUGUUGCAAUGAUCAAAAGACAGCAAGCUUCCUGAAUUAACAGGGACAACGUGAAAGUUCUUAGACAGUUGAUUUUCAUCAAAAUCUAUACUCGUGGUGGUAUUUGCUAUCGUUCCAACUCUAUUAUAUGUCUCGGCCAUGCAACUACGAAAGUUCUGGUUUGCCAAACCUGAUUGGUGUCGGUUGGGUUCUGAUUUGAGUUAAAUGACCGUGCACACGAGAUUUGGGAUGUUGGUUCCGAGCUGCACCUUACGCAAGUGUCGCUGUUAUGACUAACCGGUUCGACGUCGAAGGUGACGAUGGCGACCUUUUAAUGAAAUAUUGGCAAAUUGUGAGGUCAAUACUGCUCUUUCGUUUGUCGAUGUGAAUGACUUGACUUUGUUGUUUGAGAUUUCACGUCAGUAUUUCCAUUUUAUCUUUUCCCCCUCGAAGGGAAAGUUUCACUUUACGGUAGUCCUACAUGCAUUGUGC